AUGCCUGGAGAGUUUCCACCGGUAUUGAGGCCUCAAAGGCACCCCCCGGCUUCGUUCAAUCCCUCAACUUAUCGCAAUUCGAUCACCUCCCAUGGCACUGUCGCGGAUGAGAAACGCUCCCUGGACUUCACACAACGGAUCGAGAAGAAGCUAGCCGAAUACAAUGCUUCCACCAACAUUUUCAAACGUUGGCUGCUCGAAAUUGUUAGCUGGACCACUAGUGCACUGUGCAUGGGCGCUAUUGUUGGCAUAUACUUCCGUGUCGACGGAAAUCUUAUGACCAAGAAUGAACUCGCUCUCAAUAGUGCCAACGUUCUUGGAAAGGUUGCUGCUGCAAUGUUGAUAGUGCCCACCUCAGAAGCAAUUGGUCAACUGAAAUGGAACUGGUUCCACAGCUCUAAAGCUAUGUGGGAUUUCGAGAUAUUCGAUAAGGCUUCUCGUGGGCCCUGGGGUGCCGCUCUGCUCCUAUAUCGUACCAAGGGACGAUCGCUCGCUGCACUGGGGGCGUUGCUUAUCGUCUUGCUCCUCGCCAUUGACACAUUUUUCCAACAAGUUGUCGAGUAUCGCGAUCUCUGGUCCCUAGAGAGUGCGACCGGUAGCAUUCCCAGGAACACGCGAUAUGAGCCUUACUACAAGAAUGCUUGGAUGAAUAACGACGAGAUGUUAAUAAUGGACCGAUCUUUCGAACCUCUGAUCAAACAAUUCUUCUACGAAAACGGAACACAGCCUACAGCCUUCGGCAAUGGCACCAGGCCUGAUAUUCCGCUUUCAUGCCCUACUAGUAACUGUACGUGGCCUACAUACAAUACUUUAGCCGUAUGUAGUCGUUGCACAGAAGCAUCUGCUCUCCUGGAUAUUUCUUACGCCUGUCUCGAUACUCCAAAUGAUUGGACCGCCACCUGGCUAGGCCCUCGCUUCAAAGUUCCAUACCCGAAUGAAACAGCUUGUGGAUACUUCCUGAAUGCUACCUCAGACUCGCCAACCCUUUUAUCAGGAUAUGUGGACAGAAGCAACGGAUCUUCGAAUGGAAGUGACGAAGCUUUGUUAGUGCGGGCUGUGUCAUUAACAGAUUUCGAUCUCAAGCAACCUUACUACGGCAAUGGUUCAGUCGCUUUCAAGGAUUUUCGUUACCCACUGAUGGACUUCUUGAUAGCCUCUGCAUCAGAUGGUGUAGAAAGCAUAUUUCGAAAGGAGCCACCAGUCGUUCAUGAAUUGCUGUCUGAGUACUUUGAGCCAAUACAGGAGGACGAUUCAUGGCCAUGGCUAGCUUGGACGCUCUAUGACGGAGUGGAUGUCGUUGGAACCUGGAUAGAGUACACUGUCAACAUCACCUUGGAACCUCACGUAUCUGAACUGUCCGGAGAAAGGUUUGAAUAUCCAAAAAUUGCUUAUGGAUGUGACAAUUACACGGUUACGAACAUCCUGAACAUCUUUGACGACUUCUUCCCUUCUUUCUACACGACCAAAUCUGCUACGGAUACGCCGUUGCUGCGCUUCAAAAACUACUACGAAGGACCAUGGACACAGACAUUAGACUUCCAUGCAUGGCAAGCACCGAACAACGUUACUCGAUUUGUGGAAAGAUUGGCGACUUCGAUGACAAACCUUCUUCGUUCUUCAGCCAGCAAAGAAAUGAUUGAAGGUAGCGCGUACAGUAAAAGAAGCUUCAUUCAUAUUGCAUGGGCCUGGCUUACUUUUCCAUUCGCUCUCCUGCUUCUAUCUCUUGCUUUUCUGGUGUCUACAAUGUGGGAGACAUCAAAAGACUCCGCGACCGGGGUCUGGAAGACUUCGGCCAUGCCGACGUUGUUAUAUGGUUUACCAGAAGAUACAAGGGGGAGAUUCACUCAGACGUUGAGCAGCUUGAAGAACGAUGCGAAGAAGGUACGAAUCAAGUUGCUGCCGAAUUCAGGGUGGCGGGUGUCUAAACAGAGCUUGCUUAGGUCGCCGUUGCUGCCAGUACGAAAGAAUCAACCACCCCCAGGGUGGAUCUGA